UGUUCAGUGGGUGAUCCUGUUCCUAUAUUUCACCAGUCCUUUCAGUCAGGGGAUCUCAUCAUCUCUGGCAUUAUUUCUCAGAUUUAUAUCUUUUCUGACCGCAUGACAUUUGGAAGACACCCCUCUCAGGAACUCUUCGAUGAUAUCAUCUAUUUCAGUCCAAGCAGGAUCUAUCAAGCAUCAGUCGAUCUUCUAUCUACAAAGGACCAGUUCAUCCCUAACUACAAGUGUGAUGCAAUGGGAAAUCUGGCAGCUGUUAUAGGAGGCCCUACUUCUGAUGUUGAUGUCCACAUGGCAAAUGUGUUGAACAUCUACAAGAUUCCACAGCUGACGUAUGGAUCUGCUUCAGUUGUGACUGAGAAAAACCAGUCUCCUUUCUCCUACUGGAUGGUCCCAAGUGUGGCCCUUCAAUACAAUGGGAUUCUCCACUUACUUCUUUACUUCAGAUGGGUGUGGAUUGGGUUGUUUUAUCUGGCUGUUGAAAGUGUAGAACAAUUCAUACAGAGCAUCCUUCCCUCUUUCUUUCAAACUGGUGUCUGCUUUGAUUUCAUACAGACAUUACAAGGAAUAAGUUUUUCUGAUGGAAUCACUGAAUUUUUGGCAAAGGAGCUAGGGUUCUACAAGAUGGCUAUGGGAAGCUCUGCCACUGCAUUGGUCGUUCAUGGUGAAAUUCAGACAAUCAUGAGCUUGAGGACACUGCACCAGAUUGCAGAAUGUGAGGAUGCACCUAUUCAAUCAAAAGGCAAAGUUUGGAUUAUGACAGCCCAAAUGGAUUUCACAUCACUUCCCUUCCAAAGAAAAUGGGACAUAGACGUCAUCAUUCAUGGGGCCUUAUCCUUUGCAAUACACUCAGAGGAGGUAUUUGGGUUCUACAGAUUCCUUCAGAUGAAAAAUCCUAAUUUGGAGAUAAAAGAUAGUUUCAUUAAGGCCUUUUGGCAAAAGGUAUUUCACUGUACAUUCCUCAGCUCCACCACAGAAAUCAAGGAUGGGGAAAUCUGCACUGGAGAGGAGAAGUUGGAGACUCUUCCUGCAUCUCUCUUUGAAAUGAGGAUGACUAGCCAUAGCUACAGCAUCUACAAUGCUGCCUAUGCUGUGGCACAUGCCUUGCAUGACAUGCACACAUCCCAGUUCAGACACAGAAUGAUGGCUGAUGGAGGAAGAAGGCAGCUUGUAAAUCAACAGUUGUGGCAGGUUCAUAAAUUUCUGAGAGCUGUCUCCUUUAACAACAGUGCCAAGGAACGAGUUGCAUUUGACCAAAAUAGGGAAUUAAUCAGCGGAUUUGAUGUUCUGAACUGGGUGACAUUCCCAAAUCAGUCCUUCGUUAGAGUCAAAGUUGGAAGGAUCGACCCAAACAUUCACUCAGAAAAGCUGUUCACCAUUCGUGAGGAUGCCAUUGUGUGGCCAAGCAUGUUCAACCAGACCUGCCCACUUUCCCGGUGCAAUGACAACUGUCAUUCCGGUUAUAGUAGGAGAAAGAAGGAAGGGAAGCCAUUUUGCUGCUAUGAUUGCCUUCCAUGCCCAGAAGGGAAAAUUUCAAAUAAGAAGGAUAUGGAUUACUGUUUUCCAUGUGCAGAAGAUCAUUAUCCAAACAACGAGCAGAAUCACUGCCUUCCAAAAGAUAUCAGCUACUUGUCUUAUGAAGAACCUUUGGGGAUUAGUUUGGGCAUCUUUGCCCUUGCCUUUUCAUUCAUCACAGUUUGGGUGCUUAGCAUCUUCAUUAAGCACCGGGACACUCCCAUAGUCAAAGCCAACAACCGGAAUCUGACCUACACUCUCCUCAUCUCCCUCCUGCUUUCCUUCCUCUGUGCUUUGCUAUUCAUCGGCCACCCUGGGAAGGUGACCUGUCUCCUUCGACAAAUGACUUUUGGCAUCAUCUUCUCAGUGGCAGUUUCUUGCGUGUUGGCCAAAACUAUCAUUGUGGUUCUGGUUUUCAUGACCACCAAGCCAGGGUCCAGAAUGAGAACAUGGAUGGGGAAUCAACUGGCCAUCUUCAUUGUUCUUUUCAGCUCUCUUAUACAAGCUGUUAUAUGCACUGUGUGGCUGGCAACAUGUCCUCCAUUUCCAGAUUUUGACAUUCACUCAAUGACUGAAACAAUUGUCCUGCAAUGCAAUGAAGGGUCAGUCACCAUGUUUUAUUGUGUCUUGGGCUUCCUGGGCUUCCUGGCCAUUGUCAGUUUCAGUCUGGCUUUCCUAGCCAGGAAGUUACCUGACACUUUUAAUGAAGCCAAAUUCAUUACUUUCAGCAUGUUGGUCUUUUGCAGUGUUUGGUUGUCCUUUGUUCCAACCUAUUUGAGCACCAAGGGAAAAUACAUGGUAGCUGUGGAGAUCUUCUCUAUUUUGGCCUCCAGUGCUGGGUUGCUAGGCUGUAUCUUUCCCCCCAAAUGCUAUAUUAUUUUUCUGAGGCCAGACCUGAAUAGUAGGAACCAGAUAAUAUGGAGAAAGCACUGA